AUGUACGCCCACACUCAACCUGUAUCCAAAUCCUAUUACGUCCAGAGCGAUUUCUGGGCUGAGCAGGCUGCACCUUGUCCACCAAUACCCCCAGUUGACAUGCAAACCCUACCGCCCGACUCCGUCCUUACGGAAGCCAGCGAUUCGCUGACACCGUCUGGGACCGAGUCCUACAUCCUCCCACACCCCGACCUCGAAUACAGCCUUUCGUGCUCAUACCCCACCGAUGAACACAGUGUACCCCCCUACAUAUACACGCUCGACUUCUUUCCGUCGUACGUCGAGUCUACAACCAUGGAUCUUUCGGCCGAAAUCACCGAGCCCUCAUCCGGGGAUCUCGAGCGUUCAGACUACACGCAUUACUUGUCUACUUAUCUCAGCGCUCAGGAAGAGCUGGGGACGAGCGACGAGGACGUCUGUUAUCCCUAUCCUUCCAUUGAAUCUUAUACUCUCCAUGCGCAGUACGCGGAGGAGUUGUCUCCUUUGGCCACCCCAGUUCCAACACUGGAUACUCAACUUGAAGAUCCCUACGCCACGGAUUCCAUCAUCUACACCUCGUCGCCAUCGAAUACUCUCCACGCUUAUCCCACUUUCCUUUCCUCCUUCGACUAUUCUUCGAAUGAACCCAUGCUCGAUGGGUGGCCCGAUUGGAAUCUCAAUCCCGCUUACUCCGAGGUGGCGGGAAUGAGCCAGUUAGUGCAAAAUAACAUGACGUUGGAGGAUUGGCAGCCCACAUUCCUCAGCUAUCCGACGACAUUCUAUAUGAAGGGGGGAGCGUCGCUCACCAUCGAGACUACACUCAAAGUGUCUCCCGCCGCUGCGGGGGCAAUUAUUUGCCAGCGAUGA